CUCUCUCUCUCUCUCUCUCUCUCCCCCUUUCGCUCUCGUUCUGCGCGGCGCGGCGCGGCGACCGCAGCAUCCCUGUGCAUCUGUGCACGAGAGCCGCCGGAUCAAUCGCGCGGAUUCUCCGCGCGGGCUGAAUAUCGCGCGCGAGCGAUACAACUGAAUAUUUCGGAUAUUCGGUUGAACUGAAGAACUUUCGUUGAGCGAUAGAUCUCGUGACCUCGCGAUCCGGAACGAUCGCGAAGGGAGCCGAUUAACAGUGUGCUGUGGGGGGAGAACCGGCGUGUUUGACAAGUGAUCAGUGAGCAGAGAUUCUCCAGUUUUCUUCGGUUAGUGCUUCGUGCGCGAAGGAGAGCGCAGUCUUCGUAAGAGGCGACGUAAUAGGACGCUACAGAUACGAGAAAAAUCAUUAUUUUCUACGGAAUGUUCGCAAAACGAAACGUGGACGGCGAUGAAAGAAAUAUCGCAAAACUGAAGAUUCAAGAUUAAUCGACGAUUAAUAUAUACCCUUGCUUCGGGUUAAUGGAGCGCGAUCCAUGGAAGGGAAACGUGGUGACACGCUGUCAACCAAAGACGGAGGUUUCUUGAGCCGGGAUUAGAAGGCUGUCUAAAAUCCGGGGCACUCCUAUCCUCGUCCCAGAUCGAUCAAAUCAUCGACGUGAGCGACGUCCUCGAAAAGCUUUAAACUUCGCAUAUUAGAUUCAGCGGCGCGCGCGAAAGCUGGCUUCAAUCACGCGCGACAACAAAUCUGUGAGAAUCCGAAAACGCUGGUUCUACAUGACAGCGGAUCCGCUCGCAAAAAGGAGGAAAGGGGGAAUUUUGUUGGGGAAGCAAAUCCGCCCGAUUGCCCUUAAUCUCGAAUGAUCAAAGGAUCGCCUGCUCGGGACAGAUUUAUUCUAUGUCUUGCGAAUUUUUGAGAGGCCGAUUGUCGCGACGUCGAGGUUGCGGCGUAAACGAUGUCGAUGUGCUCGUCGGUGAAUUAAAGCGUGUACCUGGACCGGUCGUUCGGACAAUCGAUAAUGUCGGGUCGUAAAACUCCACACAGCACGUCUGAUAAAUAAUGCAAUUCUAUCGGGAGGGUCGAUGUCCCGGGGUGUGAAGCGAAAAGCGCUAGAUCAUUCUUAGUGCCUGGAAGAGAUCUCGGAAACGCCUCGUGUCAAUUACGCAAACUGUGACUCGUGCAUCUUUCGUAAGAGCGACCUGAUUCACCAGAAGAACUGGAGAAACAAGGGUUGAUCGGAAGCCAGGAACAAGUGUAUCGUCCGAGAAAUAAGUGAUCGUGCGUGCUACGAGAGUGCUCGAGAAAGUGCGGAUUUCCUUGCAUUUUUUUUUUUUUUGCGGACGAGACCGAUUCCCGUGACGUCAUCGCAAAAACGAUUCGGAAUAGUGUCGGAUCUGGUAAAUAUUUGUCGGUGCUUCGAAAUCGAGUAGUUUAACGCGCCACGAAGCAUCUCAUUGUGAUUCCAAACUCGUUCCAUGUGAAACGAAAAAAAGGGGUCUUUCCAUAUUGACACGCCAAUAUCAAACAGAGCUCGUGUAAAGGCUCGUAGGAUACGUGUCAGAGCGCAUAAAUCGUAGUAUACGAGCAAUUAAGAAGUGAAUCAAAAGAGCGGUAAUUAACGUGGUACUCGCGGUACGAAAACGCGCAUGCCUCACGAUAAUUAAUUACUUUCAAUGUGAGUUUAGAAAAGUCCUCUCUUGGGUACCAUUAGACGGACUUGAAGAAUGGCACGUAACUCGUGAAUAGAAGCGCAUAGCGAGUAAAUUUCUAAAAUAGCCCUAAUUUGCCGAAGCAACAAAGUUGUAUGAACUUCGGCGCGAAGAAUCCUUUCAUCGGGAGUAGUCGAGAAUAGACGAGCGAAGAGGAAUCAAAGGCUCUUGCUAAAUCCGCUAAAAGUCGAUCUCGUUUUGUGUGCUCGACGAAUUUUGGACGAGCCAGAAUGGUGUCGGGCGGUGUCGUAUGUGCUUCGUUAAAUUGACAAUAAUUGUCAACCGCAUGUCACGAACUUGUACGUGAGAAAGCGAGUGUUGGCAAAGAAAUAGAAUUCUGGCGAUGCACUUACGAUGACGUCACUUCGUGAUUUCAGCAUCUGAGCAUCAACGGACGCGUGAAAAUUCAACUCGUCUCUCGUGCGAGUGCAGCGACAGGAGGAGAAAACGGUCAUAAAGAGAAAACGGAGGAAAUCGUUCGGCAUUCAGAAGGAGAUUAUUCAUGAGUUUUAUCUUGAGAGAAAAAACAAUUUCCACACGCACUUCGCACAAAGAAGAUCAAGAGAACGGGCAUUGUUCGUCGACGACCAUCAAAGCGUGGCGGUUCUUAUCAAAGCACAGGUAUUGAUAGCCUGUCGAUUCGUUUGGAUAUCCACAAGAGAAGAAUCAUAGAAAAAAAGAUUGCUACAAAGGAAUCGCGUGACGUCAUUCAAGAGUUAUCUCGAAUAAAAAAAAAAAAAAAGAACGGAAGAAAUUUGUGCGAUUGCGGAUAGUUAUCACCGGAAAACAAUAAUCGAGUAACAGAUCGACGACUGUCAUCGCGCGGUAAAUGAUGGACUUUAUCGGAGUUGAUAUGUGAUGCGGCGACAAAUGAGUGGUGUGCGCGAUUAUUAGUUAUGAGAGAAUGACGGUGACGUGUACGUCGUUCAUGGAUGUUGCUCAGUGUAGAGAUGUCGCAGUGAGUAACUGUCAAUAAGGAAAGAGCGACGAGUGCGGCACAACGAGAUCAUUUCGUCGUCGUGGGCCGUUUCGUCGUCGUCGUCGUCGUCGUCAUUCGUGAAGGAGGGCAAGAAAAGAACCCAUCCGAUACCGUUCGCAGAAGUACCCAGCAUGAAGGAUCAUCGAGGAGGAUGGCUGCGCGCCGUGCUGCCCCUGAUAACGUUCCUCUCGCAUCAGAUAGAAUGCGCGGCCAAGAACGGGAGAUCGGUAGUGGAGCACCAUCCGUCCUCUUACUGGGAGCAACCCUUUAGUCAGCCUUACUUCGACAACACGACAAAGAGGGAGACCACAACUACCGUCGGGCAAUCCGCUUACCUGCACUGCAGAGUGCGCAAUCUUGGCGAUCGUGCGGUCUCAUGGAUCAGGCAGCGAGAUUUGCAUAUUCUCACUGUCGGCAUUCUAACAUACACAAAUGACCAGCGUUUCCAAUCGUUGCACAGCGAUGGCAGCGACGAGUGGACCUUGAAAAUCAGUUCGCCGCAAGUGCGAGACAGCGGAAUCUACGAAUGUCAAGUCUCGACAGAGCCGAAAAUUAGUCAAGCUUUCAAUUUGAGCGUAGUAGUCUCGAAGGCAAAGAUCAACGGCAAUUCGGAGCUCUACAUCAAAAGCGGGAGCGACAUCAAUCUGACCUGCAUCGUGCUGCAAACGCCGGAACCGCCAUCCUUCAUCUAUUGGUAUAAGGGUGAUAACGUGAUAAACUACAGCCAACGCGGCGGCAUUAGCGUCGUGACGGAGAAGCAAACGCGAACGUCACGUCUUCUGAUCAGCAGAGCGCUGCCGGCCGAUUCCGGCAAUUACACCUGUGCGCCAUCCACAGCCGAGUCAGCCAGCGUCCUCGUCCACGUGCUCAAUGGGGAGCAUCCGGCGGCCAUGCAGCACGGGAACUCCAGCAACAGCGGUGCGGCCACGAGGACGCUCGCGUUGCUCCUGUUGCUCCUGCACGCCGGCUCCUUCGCGAGGUGACUGGUCGAUCACGAGGCGCUGCAGUAAGAGAGUAACGGCCGAUAGCUUCACCCAAGCGAGAUCGACGGCGACGACGAGGAUGGUGCGACAGAGAAGAGACGAGAC